AUGGCGGUGUACACCAAAACUACGGUUGCCGGUAGACGCCAUCUUUGGCAAGAAUUAAUUCAAAUUCAUUCCCAGCAUGGCCAGGGGCCCCGGUUGGUGUUUGGAGACUUUAAUUGCAUCUUGGGUGCGCAUGAAAAGCGUGGUGGAGCUCCGCCAAAUGGAACUUCUUGCCUAGAGUUUAGUCAGAUGUGCUGUGAUUGUGAGCUUUUGGAUAUCCCCACAAAUGGUCUAGCCUACACAUGGUCAAAUGGUCAUACUGAGGUCAGGCUUGACCGCUCUCUAGGGAACAUGGAGUGGAUGAAUUCCUGGAGUUCAAUGGAUUGUUGCACCCUUACAAAGGCUACACUACAGUAUCAUGGGUGCCCACAAUUUAUUCUAGCAGCUAAAUUAUGGGCUCUGAAGGGCAUGCUGAAAUCAUGGAGCAAAGAACAGGUGGGAGAUGUACAUGCUCAGGUCGCCCACUCAAGGGCAGCUUUAGAUGCGAUUCAAGCUGAAAUAUCCACUCAUGGUUUAUCUGAUGAGAGACUCAAUGUUGAAACUGCAGCCCACAAUAAUUAUUUAUCGGCCCUUUCUCUUCAAGCUACUUUAUUAAGGGACAAAUCUAGAUUACGUUGGCUAAAAGAUGGUGACAGAAACACCACUUUUGUUCAUAACAUGGUCAGAGUUCGGCGUCUUCAAAAUUCAAUUACAUCCUUGUUGGUUGGGGACAUGGUGCUCAAUGAUCAGGCUGAUAUUGCUACACAUGUGGUACAACACUUUGAAAGUUGUUUCACUCAGGAUCAUCAAAUUGGGGUCACUGGUCUGUUGGAAAGGGUCAUCCCUCAUAUGGUAACGGAGGAGGAGAACUAUUCCCUUCUAGUCAUUCCCUCUGCUGAAGAAAUCAGAGAUGCCGCUAUGAAAAUGGAUGGAACUAGUGCCCCAGGGCUUGAUGGUUUUGGAGGAUGUUUUUUCACUUCUUGUUGGUCUGUGGUAGCUCAGGAUGUAACUCUGGCAGUUCAGAGUUUUUUCAUUAAUGGAUACAUUAUGCCGCAUUUCAACUCCAACAUCCUCAUAUUAAUUCCCAAGCUAGAAGACGCUGAAAACAUCUCUGACUUUCGUCCAAUUGCACUUGCUAACUUCGUGUUCAAGAUUAUCACAAGAAUUAUGGCUGAUAGGCUUGGUCCACUUGCUUGUCGUAUCAUCUCCCCUAGCCAAAGUGCCUUCAUUAGAGGAAGGUCCAUUAUUGAUCCCAUUGUGUUGACCUCAGAAUGUGUGAACCUUCUCGACCAGAAAUGUAAGUAUGGGAAUUUAGCUUUUAAAUUUGAUAUCCGCAAAGCCUUUGACACUUUGGAUUGGAAUUUUCUUCUUCGAGUCCUCCAUACCUUUGGGUUUGAUGAAACCUUCGUACACUACAUUCAUGCUAUCUUGCAAUCUGCAUAUAUUUCUGUCAGUGUUAAUGGGCAAGCCAAUGGGUACUUUACAUGCUCCAGGGGUGUCCGUCAAGGCGAUCCCUUAUCUCCUUUAUUGUUUUGCCUCGCUGAAGAAGUUCUAAGUCAUGGCCUUACUUCUCUGGUUAAUAGAAGGAAGAUUAGGACAAUUGCAGCGCCAUCAAGCGUCUCCCCCCAUCCCAUGUGCUGUUUGAGGAUGGUGGUUAACAAAGCCAAAUCAAACUUAUUUUUGGGAAGAUAUACUUUGCCGAGGCAGAACAGAACUUGUGGUUUACUUGGAAUACGUCCAGGUCAGCUCCCCUUCACCUAUGUCGGUGUUCCCAUUUUUAUUGGGCAUCCGAAAUCGGUGCAUUUGGUUCCAAUUGCAGACAAAGUGAGGUGCAAGCUUAGCUCCUGGAAAGGUAAACAAUUGUCGCAAGCAAGUAGGCUGCAACUUAUAUCCUCUGUAAUUGAAAGCAUCUUGAUCUACAGUUUCCACAUCUAUGAAUGGCCAAAGUCUCUUCUUACUAAAGUACAGGGAUGGAUGAGAAACUUCUUUUGGAGUGGGGAUCCACUUAAGAACGGGUAUGCCCUAGUAGCCUGGAGUACGAUAUGCACCCCCAAAUCUCAAGGAGGGUUGGGUUUAAAGAAUCUUUUUGCUUUGAAUAGAUCCUUGUUAUUAAAAAGAUGUUGGGAGGUGGCUUCAAAGGCUUCUACAUCCGCGAGGUUCCUACAUGAUCGUUUUCUGCAAGUGGGUUUGCACCCUUAUCCGUCUUAUAAGAAAUCUGCAAUUUGGCUUGGGUUAAAAAAAUUAUGGCCAAUGCUUCUAGUACGGGUGAAAUGGCUCCUGGGAGAUGGUUCCACGAUAAGGUUUUGGAAGGAUAAUUGGUUAGGUGAGGCAGUAAUUCACUCCACAGAUUAUGAGGAAGAAGUCAGGAAGCUCCUAAAUGACAAGGUUGGUGAUUUCAUCUGGAAUGGUCAGUGGAACCUUCCUCCUAGCUUCUGUAGGGUCUUUCCCCAAGUUGCCCAAGCUAUCAGUACAGUCCCUAUAUCGUCUGAUCUUGCUCAGGAUCAACUGAUCUGGACUGAGACAUCAUCUGGCACUUUGUCAUCCAAGGAAGCAUACCAGGUGUUGUCUCCUCCCAUACCAGAGCCUCCUUGGUGUAAGCGGAUUUGGCAUCAGGCCAUUCAGCCACGUAAGAGCAUGGUAGCAUGGAAAACUUUACUUAAUAGAGUUUCUACAGAUGAGCGGCUUCAGCGUUGUGGCUUCUUAUUCCUCCAGUCAAAUUCCCAUCUUUGGCUACCUUGGCAUUUCACCUCUUCUUCCCUCGGCACCCCGCUUCAUUCCUGUGAUUUGGCAAUCCCCCCUGGAAGCUGGUUUAAAGCUAACUCUGAUGGUUCCUUCCGUGAUUUAAACCAAGCUGGCUAUGGAGCGAUUUUCAGAAACAGCGACGCGACCUUCUUGGAUGCUUUUUCUUGCAACGCACAGGUCUCUUGUGCCAUAGAUGCAGAGUUAUUGGCUGUGCUUGAGGUAAUUAAGGUGGCAAAAGAGAGAGGUUGGUUCCCUUUGUGGAUAGAAACAGACUCCAGGUUAGCUUUACAAUACUUUAAAAAGCCAGGUUUAACACCGUGGAGGCUUCGGGUGCAAUGGAUGAAUAGCCUUGCCUCCAUUAGUCAGUUUCAGGUACACAUCACUCAUGUCUUCAGGGAGGGGAAUCAAGUUGCAGAUAAGUUGGCUAACUACGGUGCCUUGAAUAGUGGGUCAGUUUGGUGGGAUUCUAUCCCUCAUUUCUUGAUUAGUUCUUUUGGUCAUAAUUUUUCUGGACGUACCACUUACCGGUUUGCUUAG